CUUGCGGCAGUUUAUCUUGCUGAAGUGUUUUCUUUGUCCAUCCAGCAGCUCACCUGGACACAGCAUGGAAGAUGACUCCACAGAGCUCAGACAGCAAAGUUCCACAAUGUUUCCUCCCCUGCAUUGUAAAGACACUCAGGCUUUGCUGAAAAGACGAGUGAAAAGGAAAUUGCCGAUUGACGAGCAUGUCAAAUCCCAGGAAAACAAGUAUUUUCCAGGUUGGCAUUCCCAGGCGCCUCUACGCCAAGAAAAAGAUCAUUCACAGAGGCGUAGUGUGCCUUCUGCUGUUAAACUGCCACCACUGCAACCCAGCAGCAAGUCAGAUCCCUUGUCCCUAAACGGAGCGUCAACAUCAUGUCCAGCUAAAAGACCAUUUUCUCUAAAGAAAGACGCAAACCUGGAAACUCCCUCAGAAGUCCGAAUCUUCGAGCAUAGCAAGGAUGACUACACCAUGGUCAGCACAGAUGGUGUCUUGUCCACGUGCCGGGAAAACUACGACUUUGUAAGCCUGGAGCGCUUCGAAGAGGAGUAUCAACUCCACCGCAAACUGGUUCUAAUCCCGUUUUUUGCCCGCUUCAAAAUAUUCAAACCUUUUUAUAUUUGGCAUAAAAAAGUUUGUGUCAAGAAGAUUCACAUGGCUCAGGUAGCUCUCAAGGAGAACUUGUUCAUGAUCAACCCGUCUCUUAGCUUUGCACUGACAGACGUCAGGCAGAUGUGUUACCACAUCAGAACAACUAACUUGUGUCGCAUUGAGAAGAAACACACUUACACUCUCCAGGAGUUCCAGGAUGCUCAGGUCGCACAAGUGCAAGAGGCACUGAGUGACCUGCAGAAAUUUCAGGAUCUGGUGAAGGAAGUGACAAUGUGUGCUUGCAGUAACUUCCUUUCAGAGUAUGGCGACAAACUGAGUGAAAUCCAAGUUCUGUUGGGAAUCAGCAAAGGAUUCUUCUGUAAGCGUCUCAUCUGCUUUAUCCGACUUGUUGAUUAUUUGAUGGUCAACACCUUGCACAUGCUGUUUGAGAGUGCAGUGGAGAAGCUGCUGGCUGUCUUCCAAGUGCAGGUAGCUAAAAUCCCCAGCCGUGAAGUCAUUGAAACCUGGGGCCAGCACCUUGAGCCAGAAGCCCCUACUGAGGAGAAGGUGGACCGCAAGACGGCAGAGUCAGAAGCUGCCUACAGCCAACCAAUGUUGACAACUGAACUUGUGCUCGACACACAUGCGCUGUCCUACAAACCCUCUGAGGAGAACUUCCAGGAAAUUGUCGCAGAAAUCAUUGGCAAAUUCCAAAAAACUGUCAUGUCAGUCAAAACUCUAACAGCGGAUCCAGAAUUCUUUUCACUCUUAACACAGGAUAAUGCAGAGGGUGAUUAUGGAGAUGCUCCGAGUUUGGGUUCAGUCAUUGUAAACGAUGGCUACAUCCAAAGUAUCGUCCAAAAAAUUAAGGAAUCCCUUCAGUUUACUUUUGAAGCUGCCGAAGUCUGCUCACGCAUGUUUGAGCGCUUUCAGCUGUUUUACAAGGAGAAUGAAAGUCUGGAUUUGGAUGCUCUACGAAGAAUAGACCAUGAUUUGGAGUUUUUUCGAACGUCACUGGACUUGUAUAACAAUGAGCAUGAGGAAGCUGUUGCUAUUCAGGAGAAGAGACAUCUUGGCCUGCUGCUUGUGGACAAAACUCAGAUGAAAGAGAAACUCAUAUCUUCUCCCCUCCGCUGUUUAAAGGUCGUCAACGAGAUACUGAUGCACCAAGCAAAGAGGAAACUGAAAGCUGUGAUGGCCGAAGCGGGUGAAGCUCAAUUUAAACUGGAGCUUAGUCCUACGACUACGACAGAGUUAGCCAACUAUCUCACGUUCCUUGAUGAUAUACCAGAGAGGAUGAAAGUUCUGGAGAUGGAACAGGAAACAGUGUGUCAGAUGUACUACCUCAUCAACAUGUCCUCCCUUCCUGUCACAGCCGACGAUGUGGCAUUCGCCUCCAUGGAGCCUUACAUGAAUUCUUUGCACCUUAUUAUUAAUGACGCCGUCUUUGACCGUUACAAAAUGAUGGACAAGUUCUCCCAGUGCCUGCAGAAAGACAUUAAGGAACUCAAUCAAAAGGUCAAGAAAAUCAAAGAAAAGUCGGAGGAUCCUCAAAUCUUGGACGUCAAUGCAGAUUUCAACCAAGUGCGGGUUCUGCUUGGGGAGCUCCAGAUUUCCAUUAAUGAGCUGCAGGCUGAGGCUUCAGCUUAUACCUCCUACCAAAAACAAUUCAAGUUGGAGGUGACCAAAUUCGAUGACUUCGAUGAUCUUAAAGCAGAGUUUAGGCUUAAGAAGCUCUUGUGGGACUCUCUGGAGGAAUGGGACUCUUUACAGGAGGGAUGGAAACAGAGUAUGCUUGAGCAACUGGACCUGGAACAGUUGAACUCCCAGGUCAACAAAUACACCAAGUACAUCAGCCAGAUGGAGAAAGGCUUGCCACGCAACAAUGUCGUACCAUGUCUGAAGGAUAAGGUUGAGAUCAUAAAACAAAGGGUUCCUGUGAUCACAGAUUUAAGAAACCCGUGUAUGAAACCAGAACACUGGAGGAACCUGGAGGCUGUUGUGGGGAGUUCCUUGAAUGUGGAGCAGCUCACUAUGGCCGUUAUGGAGGAACUCAACGUCUUCUCCUACGGCACCGAGAUACAGGAUGUGUCAGCCCAGGCUUCAGGAGAGGCUUCAGUGGAAACUAUUAUUAAUAAGGUGGAGGAUGUGUGGUGGACAACAACGUUUACUCUGAUGCAGCAUGGAGACUCUAAGGAGGUUUUUAUCUUGGGAGGCACAGAUGAAAUUCAAGUUCUUUUAGAUGACAGCAUUAUCAACGUGGGCACAGCAGCGUCAUCACGUUAUGUUGCUCCCAUCAAAGCCCGCGUGGACAAACUACUGAUACGCUUGACCCGCUUCAACCAAACUCUGGACGAGUGGCUUAACUGUCAAAGAAACUGGCUUUAUUUAGAAAGCAUCUUCCUUGCGCCAGACAUCAAGAGGCAGCUCCCUGCGGAGUCAAAGAUGUUUCUGAAAGUGGAUAAGUCUUGGAAGGCUAUCAUGGCGAAGGUGAAAAAGAUGCCCAAUGCCCUCAAAGCGGCCACACAGCCUGAUCUUUUGGAGACUUUUCAGGAAAAUAAUGUUUUUUUGGAGAAGAUACAGAAGUGUCUGGAAGACUACUUGGAGUCCAAGAGGGUUAUAUUCCCCAGGUUCUACUUCUUGUCCAAUGACGAGCUGCUGAAGAUUUUAGCCCAGACUAGAAACCCACAGGCGGUGCAGCCUCACCUGAGAAAAUGCUUUGAUGCAAUUACACACCUGGAAUUUGGUUUGGUGUCUGACCAGACCACUACAGGACCAGCAGCACUGGAGCCUGGAGAGCAGGAGAAGGUCUACACCAAGGACAUCUUGAAUAUGGUGUCCCCUGAAAGAGAGAAGGUGGGUUUAACAAAAGGUCUGAAGGCAAGAGGUAAUGUGGAAGAGUGGCUUUGCAAGGUGGAGGAGGCCAUGUUUAACUCACUGCGACAGCUCAGCAAGGCGGCCAUUGCAGACUACCAACUGCAGUCAAGAGAGGAGUGGGUUGUGUCUGGGUUUCCUUCGCAGGUGGUGCUGACGAUCUCCCAGAUGAUGUGGUGCAAAGAUAUGGAAGCCUGUCUGGAGGGCGACCAUGACCAUUUUGCUGCCUUGCAGACAUUUGAGCUGACCAACUUUGAUAGGUUAAAUGCUCUUGCAGCUUUGGUCAGAGGUCAACUGCCUAACUUACACCGUAAUAUUAUCACAGCCCUUAUCACCGUUGAUGUACAUGCACGUGAUAUAGUGACUGAUUUAGUCCAACAAAAGGUGGACACCGGGGAUAACUUUGAAUGGCAGAGGCAGUUACGCUACUACUGGGACCUCGACAUAGACAACUGUGUCGCCAACAUGGCCUUAUCCACUUACAUUUAUGGUUAUGAAUACCUCGGCGCCUGUCCUCGACUGGUCAUCACUCCACUUACGGACCGUUGCUACUUAUGUCUAAUGGGGGCCCUCCAGUUGGAUUUGGGAGGGGCUCCUGCUGGCCCCGCAGGGACGGGCAAAACAGAGACCACCAAGGAUUUGGCCAAAGCCUUGGCCAUUCAGUGUGUGGUCUUCAACUGUUCUGAUGGACUUGACUACAAGAUGAUGGGACGUUUCUUCAGUGGACUCGCUCAGUCUGGUGCCUGGUGCUGUUUUGAUGAAUUUAACCGAAUCGACAUCGAGGUGUUGUCAGUCAUUGCACAGCAGCUCAUUACCAUACGAAAUGCCAAAGCUGCAAAGAUGACUAAGUUUCGAUUUGAAGGCCGAGAGAUCAAGCUGGUGAUGACCUGUGCUGCUUUUAUUACCAUGAACCCAGGCUAUGCUGGAAGAUCAGAGCUACCUGAUAACCUGAAAUCUCUCUUUCGACCCUUAACCAUGAUGGUGCCAAACUAUGCGCUCAUUGCAGAGGUGAUUUUAUACUCUGAGGGAUUCGAGUCCAGUAAAGUUUUAGCCAGGAAGAUGACACAGAUGUACAAGUUGUGUUCUGAGCAGCUGUCCCAACAGGACCACUACGACUUUGGAAUGAGAGCCGUCAAGUCUGUGUUGGUCAUGGCAGGGUCACUCAAGAGAGAAAAUCCUCACCUGAUUGAGGAUGUGGUUCUUAUCAGAGCUUUGCGGGAUUCCAACCUGCCAAAGUUCCUCACAGAUGAUGCAGAACUGUUUGGUGGCAUCCUGUCUGACCUGUUCCCCGGUGUGACCAUCCCUGAGCAUGACUAUGGUAUAUUGCAUUCAACAAUUGUCGACUGUAUAGUGAACAGAAACCUGCAGCCCCUGGCCACCAUGAUCAAUAAGGUCAUCCAACUGUACGAGACCAUGAUUGUGCGACAUGGUGUCAUGUUGGUUGGGCCGACUGGUGGAGGAAAGUCUUCUGUUUACAACGUGUUGGCAGACGCCCUGAUCACUCUUUAUAACUCUGAGUGGAGGGACAGCAACCCCUUCUAUCAGCCUGUCAGGACUUACAUUCUCAACCCCAAGUCUGUCACAAUGGGAGAACUCUACGGAGAGAUCAACAAUCUGACGCUGGAAUGGCGUGAUGGAUUGAUGGCGCUGAGUGUGCGUGAUGCAGUGGACGACACCACCGAUGACCACAAGUGGGUAAUCUGUGACGGGCCAGUCGAUGCCCUGUGGAUUGAGAACAUGAACACCGUGCUGGAUGACAACAAGAUGCUGUGUCUGGCAAACAGUGAGAGGAUCAAACUUUCACCAUCUAUACACAUGGUGUUUGAGGUUCAGGAUUUGGCAGUGGCAUCACCAGCCACAGUCAGUCGCUGUGGGAUGGUCUUCAUCGACCCUGAUGAACUCAAGUGGAUGCCAUAUGUGCAGACGUGGAUCAGUGGUCUCCAGUCCAAACUGCCAGAAGCAGUGAACACAUAUUUGCUGGAGUUAUUCGUGCUGUAUGUGGAGGAUGGACUACAGUAUGUGUUGAAAUACUGCACACAAGCAAUUCGCCAGGUGGACAUCAGCAAAGUCACCACCAUCUGUUGCCUGCUGGAAUCACUGCUGCUGGGCAAAGCAGGACCAGACUUUAAUAUGGAUGCCAAGCGCAUGAACGAUAUAGUAUGCCAGACCUUCAUAUUUUGCUACGUAUGGGCGAUCGGAGGCAACCUGCCCAGCACUCACUGGGAUGAUUUUGACAACUUUGUCAGAGAGCAAUUUAAAGACAACAACAAUGCUAAGAUCCCCACCAAUGGAGCCGUGUGGGAUGUGUACAUUAACUUUGCCAAAGGGUCUUUGGUGCAAUGGGAGAAAAUAAUCCCUUCAUUUGUGUACAACAGCGAGCAGCCAUUUUUUGAAAUGCUGGUUCCCACCACCGACACAGUCCGCUAUGGCUAUUUGAUGGAAAAACUGCUGUCUGUCCGCCAUUCUGUUCUCUUUACUGGCUCUACAGGAGUGGGGAAGUCAGUGAUAGCUCGAGGUCUUCUCAACACUAUCCAGGAGAACUGUGGCUAUGUUCCUGUGUAUAUCAACUUCUCUGCUCAGACCUCCUCUGCACGCACACAAGAAAUCAUCGAGUCCAAGCUGGAAAAAAAGAGGAAGAAUAUGCUUGGCGCUCCAAAGGACAAGAGGAUUGUGGUGUUCGUGGACGAUCUGAAUAUGCCGAAGCUGGACAGUUAUGGCUCACAGCCGCCCAUCGAGCUCCUGCGUCAGUUUCAGGACUUUUCUGGUUUUUAUGACAGGGAAAAUUUCUUCUGGAAAGAGAUACAGGACAUGACUAUUGCUGCAGCGUGUGCUCCUCCAGGAGGAGGACGUAACCCUGUGACACCUCGCUUCAUCCGACACUUCAGCAUGUUGUGCUUGCCCACGCCCUCAGAACAAAGUCUCAAACAGAUCAUCAUUGCCAUCUUGUCGGGUUUCCUCAAAGAGUUCCCCCAGCCGGUGAAGGACUGCAGCAAACAAAUCGUGGAUUCUGCUGUAGAGAUUUACAACCGCUUGAGCGUGGAUCUGCUUCCCACUCCAGCCAAGUCUCACUACGUCUUCAAUCUCAGGGACUUGUCCAAGUGUGUCCAGGGUAUGCUACAAUGUGAAUCAAGUCAAGUGCGAGACAAGACCCAGAUCUUCCGUCUGUUCUGUCAUGAAUGUCAGCGGGUUUUCCAUGAUCGUCUCAUCAAUGCCCAAGAUAAAGAGUAUUUCAAUACCAUCGUCUGUGAGACAGCCAUGAAAUAUUUUAGUAUCAACUUGCAGCCAUCAUACUUUGUGACUGAGCCCAUCAUAUUUGGGGACUUCAUCAAGGUGGGUGCAGAAAAGGAAGAACGUCUGUAUGAGGAUCUUACAGACUUGAAUAAGAUCCAGGCUGUUCUUCAGGACUAUCUGUGUGACUACAACUUGACGUACUCCAAGGAGAGCAAGCUGGUGUUCUUUCAAGAUGCCAUUGAGCAUGUUUCUAGAAUUGCCCGCAUGAUUCGUCUAGAGAGAGGCAAUGGCCUGUUGGUUGGAGUAGGAGGCACAGGCAAGCAGUCGCUGACUCGGUUAGCAUCCCACAUAUGUGAGUAUCAGUGCUUUGAGAUUGAGCUGAGUCGAGGCUACAACUACGAUAGUUUCCAUGAAGACUUGAGGAGGCUCUACAGGAUGGCUGGCGUAGAGCGAAAAGAUACAGUGUUCCUUUUUACGGACACUCAGAUUGUUGUGGAGGAGUUUUUGGAGGACGUCAACAACAUGCUGAACUCGGGUGAGGUGCCCAACCUCUUUGAAAAAGAUGAACUGGAACAAGUACUUGCUGCAACUCGACCCAAAGCCAAAGAAGUUGGGAUCAGUGAGGAGAACAGAGAUGAGGUUUUCCAAUUCUUUAUUUCUCGUGUCCGAGAGAAGAUGCAUAUUGUGCUGUGCAUGAGUCCAGUCGGUGAUGCCUUCAGGUCUCGCUGUCGAAUGUUCCCCUCUCUGGUCAACUGCUGCACUAUUGACUGGUUUGUGGAGUGGCCCCGUGAGGCCCUGCUCUCGGUCUCUCAGGCCUUUUUCCAGAAUGUGGACUUUGGUACAGAGGAGCUCAAGAUGAGCUUCUCAGAUUUGUGUGUGGAAACACACGUCAGCGUCUCGACCAUGGCCGAGCGAUUCUACUUAGAGUUGAGACGUCGAUAUUACACGACGCCCACGUCCUACUUGGAGCUCAUCAACCUGUACCUGUCCAUGCUGGACGACAAGAGGAAUCUGCUGAUUCUUGCAAGAGAUCGUGUGAAAAGUGGUCUGACUAAGCUACUGGAGACCAAUGAAUUGGUGGCAAAGAUGAAAGUGGACCUCUCUGCCCUAGAGCCACUUCUCAAACAGAAAAACAUUGAUGUUGACGCCCUCAUGGAAAAACUCUCUGUUGACCAAGAGAGUGCUGACGAGACACGUAGAGUCGUCAAAGAAGAGGAAGCCAUGGCAAAGGUGAAGGCUGAAGAUACUCAGGCCAUAGCUGAUGAUUGCCAGAGGGACCUGAAUGAGGCAUUGCCUGCCUUGGAAGGUGCCAACCAGGCUCUGAACUCUCUGGACAAGGCUGACAUCUCAGAGCUCAAAGUGUUCACCAAACCUCCUGACUUGGUUAUGACUGUUAUGGAGGCGAUCUGCAUCCUCCUCAACUACAAAGCGGACUGGGCCAGCGCCAAAAAGUUACUUGGUGACAGCAAUUUCACACGCUAUCUGGUUGAGUAUGACAAGGACAAUAUCAAACCUCAGGUUCUGGCCAAGCUGCAGAAAUACAUGAACAACCCUGACUUUGUACCUGAGAAGGUGGAGAAAGUGUCCAAAGCUUGCAAAUCAAUGUGUAUGUGGGUCAGAGCCAUGGACAUUUAUUCCAGAGUCCUUAAGGAGGUCGGCCCCAAGAGAGAAGCGUUUAACAAAGCACAGGAUGAGCUGGAGACCACCAUGGCAACUCUGAGAGAAAAGCAACAACUUCUCCAGGCGGUUGAGGACAAGAUCAGAAUUCUGCAGGAGAAUUAUGACAGCAGCUUGAACGAAAAGCAGGAAUUGGUUAACACGAUGGCUGUGACACAAGCUCGGUUGACAAGAGCAGGAAAGCUCACGUCAGCUUUAGGAGACGAGCAGGUCCGCUGGGAGGAAAGUGUUGCCAUUUUCAAUCAACAGAUCAUCGACGUUGUGGGGAACGUCUUCAUUGCGGCUGCUUGUGUCGCUUACUAUGGAGCAUUCACCUCUCACUACAGGAAGCUGCUUGUUGAUGAGUGGAUAAUUCAGUGCCAGAACCUCAACAUUCCUAUAAGUUCCAGCUUCAACCUCAUCAACAUUCUGGGUGAUCCAUACGUGAUCCAGAAGUGGAAUGCUGAAGGUCUGCCUCGAGACACCGUGUCCACAGAGAAUGGGAUCCUGGUGACGCAGGGUCGUCGCUGGCCCCUCAUGAUUGAUCCACAGGAUCAGGCCAACAGAUGGAUCCGUUCUAAGGAGGCCAAAAAUGGUCUGAAAGUCAUCAAGCUGACUGAUCCAAACUUCCUUCAUAAACUAGAAAAUGGCAUUCGAAUGGGCAUGCCUGUUCUCCUGGAGGAGUUAAAAGAGAGCUUGGAUCCUGCUCUGGAGCCUGUCCUUCUAAAGCAGACGUUUGUAGCAGGUGGAAGAACUUUGAUCCGACUUGGAGACUCAGAUAUUGACUAUGACAAAAAUUUCCGGUUCUAUAUGACAACAAAGAUGGCCAAUCCGCACUACUUACCAGAGGUUUGCAUUAAAGUUACCAUCAUCAACUUCACUGUGACCAAGUCCGGCUUGGAGGACCAACUGCUUGGCGAUGUGGUGUGCCUGGAAAGUCCACAUCUGGAGGAGCAGAGGAAUGAUCUGGUCGUGCGCAUCAAUAAUGACCGCAUCCAGCUAAAGGACAUUGAAGACCGCAUCCUCAAGCUUCUCUUCACCUCUGAAGGAAAUAUAUUGGACAAUGAGGAGCUGGUUACUACGCUUCAACAGUCAAAGGUGACAUCAGCAGCUAUAAAACAACGUCUGGAAGAGGCGGAGGCCACUGAGUUGAUGAUCAACAAUGCAAGAGAGGGUUACAGAUCUGUCGCCACUCGAGGCUCAGUUCUGUUUUUUGUUGUUGCCAGUCUCUCAGAGAUUGAUCCAAUGUACCAGUUUUCCCUUAAGUAUUUUAAACAGCUCUUUAACACGACCAUCGAGAUGUCAGAAAAGAGUGACAUCCUGGAAGAACGUCUCCAGAUUCUGUUGGACCAGAUCUUACUCAACUCUUACAUCAAUGUUUCCAGGGGCCUAUUUGAGCAACACAAACUUAUCUACAGCUUCAUGUUGUGUGUGGAGAUUUUGAAACAGCGUGGUGAAAUCUUAGACCCUGAGUGGCAGAACUUCAUCAGGUCGACUGCAGUCAUGGAAAAGGAAUAUCCAGAGCGGCCAGAUGUCCCAUGGCUUAGUGAUGAAUACUGGGAAACCUGUUGUGAACUUGACAGCUCGCUGUCCUGCUUCAAAGGCAUCUCAAAUGAAAUCAUUGCAACCCACAUCCAUGUGACUCUUGGAAGUUUUGAGACAUCUUUCAAUCCAGAGGACUGGGAGGAUUAUGUGUCAACGCUGCCACCUUUUGAUGCUUCCAAAGAUGAGAACGAGCAGAGCGGAAUCCGAGGCCAUUGGGAUGAAAGACUGAGUCCUUUUCAGAAGCUGGUUCUUAUCAAGAGCUUCAUGGAAGAGAAGGUUGUUUUUGCAGCAACAGAAUUUGUGAUUGUCAGCUUAGGGAAGCAGUUUGUGGAAAACCCUCCCAUUGAUCUGGCUAAUCUAUACAACGACAUGUCACCAUCAACGCCACUCGUCUUCAUCCUCAGCACCGGAUCCGACCCCAUGGGCGCCUUCCAGCGCUUUGCUAAAGAGAGGGGUUGUCUUGACAGGGUGGAGUCUAUCUCUCUCGGUCAAGGACAAGGACCUAUAGCAGAGAAAAUGAUUAUUUCAGCUUUAGCGAGUGGAGGCUGGGUUUUCUUGCAGAACUGUCAUUUAGCCGUUUCUUGGAUGCUCGCCAUGGAGGAGCUCAUAAAGACUUUUGCUGAGCCUGACACAAUAAUCCACGAGAACUUCCGGUUGUUUCUCAGUUCCAUGCCUACCAAAGUAUUUCCUGUCACCGUGCUGCAAAACUCUGUCAAGGUUACCAAUGAACCUCCCAAAGGCCUACGAGCCAACAUCAGACGAGCCUUCACCGAGAUCUCCGUCAACUUCUUUGAAGAACAUUUACUAGGGCUGCACUGGAAGAAAAUGAUUUUUGGAAUCUGCUUUUUUCAUGCAAUCAUUCAGGAGCGUAAGAAGUUUGGUCCUUUGGGCUGGAACAUCCGCUAUGAGUUCAGUGACAGCGACAGAGAGUGUGCUCUGCUCAACCUCAACCUUUACUGCAAAGAUGGCACUAUCCCCUGGGAUGCUCUCGUUUACAUCACGAAUGAGAUCACAUAUGGAGGCAGAGUGACAGAUGUCUGGGACCAACGCUGCCUCAGGACAAUCCUUAAGGGCUUCUUUGCGCCAAACACCCUAGAGCCCGGUUAUACCUUCUCAUCAUCUGGUAUCUACUUUGCCCCAGAGUCAGAAACACUGGACUUGUAUAUUGAAUACAUUGAGAAUCUUCCCAUAAUUGAUGACCCCGAGGUCUUUGGCAUGCAUGAGAAUGCUAACUUGGCCUUUCAGCGCCAAGAAACCAUGAAUCUGAUCAACACCAUUCUGGAUGUUAAUCCUCGCUCUUCAGCCCAACUGGGAGGCAAAAGUAAUGACGAGAUUGUGUGUGAGCUUGCUGACGCUAUAUUUGCAAAGCUACCUGAGCGUCUUGAUAUGGAUGAGGCGCUUGAAUAUCUUUUUGAGCGAGACGCAAAUGGUCGUGUCAACUCCUUGACAACUGUGCUGGGCCAAGAGGCCGACCGAUUCACCAAACUGUCUCGACUUUUGAGGGUGUCGCUCAUCACUCUGCAAAAGGCCAUUGGAGGUCUGGUGGUGAUGUCCGAGGAGAUGGACAUGAUCUACACUAGCUUUGUGAACAACCAGGUUCCCUCCCACUGGUCAAACUGCUCCUACCCCUCUCUUAAAAGCCUGGCUGGCUGGGUCAAAGACCUGAACCUCAGGAUCUACUUUGUCGAGUCUUGGAUCACACGUGGUCAUCCCAAAUCGUUUUGGAUCUCCGGAUUCUUCUUCCCUCAGGGCUUUCUAACUGCAGUCCUGCAGAAUCAUGCCCGCCAGUACAACUUGCCCAUCGACGAGCUCAACUUCCGCUUCAACAUGUUGCCCCUGUACAGGGACCAGAGCACGGUGGCCGAGGCAACGCGCAAUGCAGGCAGCAGUGCUGAGCUGGAGAUGGAUAAGGAGAUGCCAGCGCCAGGAGAUGGCGUGCUAGUUCACGGCAUGUUCAUGGAUGCCAGUCGCUGGGAUGAUGACAACAUGGUUAUUGAGGACGCAUUACCUCGAGUGAUGAACUCCACUCUGCCAGUGAUGCAUUUUGAACCGCAGCAGAAUUAUGAGGCUGAACCUGGUCUUUAUCACGCUCCCUUGUACAAGACAUCUGCCAGGGCAGGAACACUUUCUACUACAGGACACUCCACAAAUUUUGUUGUGACGGUCUUGCUUCCAUCAAACCGUUCCAGCGACUACUGGAUCUCCAAAGCUUCUGCUCUGUUGUGUCAGUUGGACGACUGAGUGAAUUUUGAAAAAGUAUAAUCACUAGUAAGUGACUUGAAAGCAUGUUUUCAUAUUUUGAAUGAACUAAUUGUCAAGGAACAAUCUGAGUCAAAAACAUGUGAAGAUAUAUUAUCAUAUCAUCACUUGAAUACGUGAUGAUAUGAUAAGAGUUGUCACAGCACAGACUGAAAUAUGUUGCAACAUCUGUACACAUCUGUCAAGUUAUGCUACAUAACUUAUAUACUGUAAACUAUCUUGAAGCCAUUCUCUCACAGUCUUGUGAGUAUUGCUGAUGUUAUCAGUCAGCAUCAGUAAAAUAUUUUAAAUCACAAGUGUCAAUACAAGCAGGUUGUUGGAUUUUA